AUGGCUGUAGGAGAGACUGCCGGAGUAGUACCGAUAAUUGACUUUUCUCCCUAUUACUCAAAGGAUAGCACCCACCGCAAAGCUGUUGGAGAUGAAAUUUUCAACGCCAUGAAGACGGUCGGGUUUGUUUACCUGAAAAAUCAUGGAAUUCCCAAGGGUCUUCAAGAGGAAUGUUUUGCCUGGAGCAAACGCUUCUUCGCCCUUCCAAUGGAGGAGAAGAUGAAAUGCCCUCAUCCCCCAAACGGAUGGCACCAUCGUGGAUACUCUGGCAUUGGCAAAGAGAAGGUCUCGCAAAUGGAAUUUGAUGAGGAAAUUUUGAAGGAGAUUCGCAAAGUUCCUGAUGUAAAGGAAUCGUUCGAUAUGGGUGCUGAGUUUGAGGACUAUUGGAAUAUUUGGCCUGAUGAGAAGGCAAUUCCAGGGUUCAGAGAGUUCUUGUGUCGCUAUCACAAUGAGAAUCAUGAGGUAGCAAUGAGAGUUCUGAGAGCCAUUGCUUUAGGCAUGGGGCUAGACGAGUCUUUCUUCGAUGCUUAUCACACUGAGAAGAACAAUCAAGUGCGGCUGUUGCACUAUCCAGCGACUGACGACAAAGCCCUCAGAAAUAUGGACGCCUUCCGCAUAGGAGCCCAUUCAGAUUUUGGCACGAUGACCAUGGUGAUGCAGGACGAAUGCGGAGGUCUCGAGGUUGAGGAUCCACAUGUUCCUGGGCUGUUCCAUCCCGCUCCUUAUAUUGAAGACACGCUUGUGAUCAACAUUGGUGAUUUUCUCAUGAGAUGGUCCAACGACGUUCUCAAGUCUACUCUUCAUCGGGUACGCGGUCCUACCCUGGAGUCUUCCGAUGGAGUUUCUCAGCCUCGUUACUCCAUUCCGUAUUUCAUAGUCACGAACUGGGAUUGCGAGAUCGAUGCUUUGCCGGGCUCGUGGUCUGAAGAAAAUCCAAAAAGAUACGAGCCAAUCACUACGAGAGAUUACAUUUUCAAGAGGUUGAAUGCAACUUAUUAA